AAAUCACUUAAUAUUGUAUAGGAGCUAUAAGUAAUACUUUUGAUCUCAUUAGUUUAUUAUAGAGAAUAGAGAAAGAGAUAUGGCUCUGCCAUGGGGCUGUCGGUGGCCACUAACAACAUUAGUACUAUUUCACCUUCUGAUCAAGUCAGCCAUUUCUAGGCUUGAGCAAGUACCAACACCACCAUUACCGAUUCUACCUCUGCCCUCAUUUUCCCAACUCAAAUGGCAACAAAGGGAGGUCAUAAUGUUCCUUCACUUUGGCGUCAACACAUUCACUGGAUCCGAAUGGGGAACCGGGCACGAAAACCCGGCCAUAUUCAACCCGGUUGCGCUCAACGCUUACCAGUGGGUGGACACGGCGGUGGAGGCUGGAGUCUCACUGGUGAUCCUCACUGCCAAACACCAUGAUGGCUUCUGCUUGUGGCCUUCAAAAUACACCGAUCACUCCGUCGUACAAAGUCCUUGGAAGAAUGGGCAUGGCGAUGUCGUUCAAGAGCUCGUCGAAGCCGCUAAGACACGCGGUGUUGACGUGGGGCUUUACCUUUCCCCGUGGGACAGGCACGACCGACGUUACGGCUAUGAUUUGGCGUAUAAUGAAUACUAUUUAGCUCAGCUACAAGAGCUACUCAAAGAAUAUGGGAGUGUUAGGGAAAUUUGGUUCGAUGGUGCAAAGGGUCCUAAUGCUGUGAACAUGUCGUAUUAUUUCACGGAAUGGUUUGAUAUGGUGAAGGAAUUCCAAAGCUCAAUCAAUAUAUUUUCGGAUGCGGGCCCUGAUGUCAGGUGGGUCGGAAAUGAGAAAGGCUUUGCCGGAAAUACGUGUUGGUCAACCAUUAACCGGAGCAAACUAGCCAUCGGAAAAGCUGGCAUUGUUGAUUAUCUCAACAGUGGUGAGCCAAAAGGCCGAGACUGGUUGCCCGCGGAAUGUGACGUUUCGAUCCGACGAGGAUGGUUUUGGCACAAAUCAGAAUCGCCUAAGAAGCUAAGCAUGUUACUAGAAAUUUACUACAACUCAGUUGGAAGAAACUGUGUGUUACUACUCAAUGUGCCUCCUAACACAACGGGGCUUAUAUCACAGCAAGAUGUUAAAAGACUCAAGGAAUUUAGAAAUGCAAUUGACACUAUAUUCUCCACUAAUUUGGCUGAGAAUUGCUUCUUAAUCAAGGCUAGCAGCCAGAGAGGGGGCAAAGGAAGUAGCUUUGGACCGGAAAACGUUAUUGAUAAUGACCAUUUAUGGACUUAUUGGUCGCCAAGGGAUGAUGCAAAAGGGGACCAUUGGAUUGAGUUCAGAUCAGGUACGGAUGGAGGGCUGAGAUUCAAUGUUGUUAGGAUUCAAGAAGCCAUUGGGCUCGGUCAGAGGAUCAAACGACAUGAGAUUUACGUGGAUGGUAUAAGAGUGGCGAGUGGAACAACUGUGGGUUACAAGAGACUUCAUAGGCUUGAUGGAGGCGUGGUCCAUGGCCAAAUUGUGAGAAUUAGAAUAAGAGAAUAUAAAGCAGUGCCUUUGAUUUCUUCUGUUGGUUUACAUUUUGAUCCAUAUUGGAACCCUUAAUUGGUUACAACCUAAAAGAAUUACGAAAGCGAAUAAGAGAAAAUAGAAGAAAUUGGUAACGUGUAUUCUCAAUUGCCUAUGUUUAGAUAAUAAAUGAAACUUCAGCAAGUUGCAAAUACUAGCACAAAUGCUAUUUUUUA